AUGCCGCCAUCGACAAGGGCUGGUCAGACAGGGAGGGGGGAUGAUGAUCAAGUGACUACAGGCAAUGGACCCAAGGAAGGAUGGCUCAUGCAGGUAGUCAAAUUCCUUCAGCUAGCAAACCCAGCACUAAUGGCCAAGGAAGCAAGCAUAUGGGCCAUGGGCCUGGUCAGCACUAACAACCAGGCUCCACAUGGGGAGACUGAGAAGAUUCUGAAGGAUGUAUCAAGCUCCAUUGCACACAUCAAGAAACUCAGUGACAGCAAUUGGCAUACCUGGGAACCUACUUUCAUUGACUGCCUCCAGAGAGUGCACAAUGCGAAGGAGAUCCUGUAUGGCAUCAUUGCACCUGGAAACAAGGACUACAAUGAAGACUUAGACAAAGCCCUUGUAGGCCUCAUCCACACUUGCUGUGACAAUAGCCCAGACAGCCACAUUGACACCUACACUGUCAGAGGUGCAGAUGAGGAAGUCCAGCUUGGUAGCACACUUUACACUAAACUUAAGAAGGCACUGACAUUGAACAAUGCUGUCAAGCGAGCAGGGCUGCAGGACUGCAUUCAUACCAUGUGCCUGCACAAUCAGGAUGUGGUCAAGUUGGGCAAGGAACUUGACUCCAUCUGGAAUGAUGCAGCACACCUUGGAAAGCAUUUUGAUGAGGACCUCAAGAAAUCCACCCUUUACCAUUGCACAGCCCAGGAUUGGUUCUACACCAACUCUGUCAAUGUGCUCAAGACAGCCAAACCUGAUUGUAAAUAUGAUGAAGCCUAUCAUGCACUCACAAAGAAGCAGCAAGAUGGUGAAAUCUCCAGCUGCAUUAGAGGAGCAGCCAGGGUCACCACAGCAACAAUCCCCACAAUCCUGCACCAAACACAGCCAGACCUGCUGCCCACCUGGUCCAAGAAGCAAGUCAAUAGGGACUUGGGUGCACCUUCCUAG